UUGCGGAAAGGGCGGGCCCAAUAUCGUGUCGCACAGACCAAACAAACGGGAAUUUUCUCUAUCUUGGUCUAAAAACAACGCAAAUAUAAAGAAUAUCAAACCUACCAGACGCAAAGAUUUACUGGAACACGUUACCACCAGAGAGGGAAAGCUAUUUCAAAUGAAUUGCUCCGGGAAAAUGUGAGUUAAUAGAGGAUGCUUUCGUGAGUACUUGGAAAGCAAGGAGUUACCACUGACUGUUGUGCAAUGAUACAUAAUGCCGACGGAAGAAGCUCACAAAGAAAAAAGGACCAAGGAGAAGAAAUCCUCUAAAAGCUCUAAAAACUCUAAAAGCAGCAAGCGAUCUCGCCGACCGCACUCUGUACCCAAGAGUUACUGGUGGCGACGUAUUGGCCUCGACACCAGGGAGAGGUUGAGCAGUUGUACGACUGGUCUCAAGUGUAGCGAUAAACUUACCGAUCUGCUCUUGUGUCACAAGGGCUACGCUUCUGUGGCGUUCUACGCGAUUUUUGCUCUUUUCAUCAUCGCCUUCGUUUACGCACUCUGGAAAAUCGUUAGUGCUCACUCCUCACGGUCCGGACAUGCGAGGAGGCCUGGGACUGGAAAUGCUAAAGUUUCUCCGACAUCCAGUGCCGCUACCUUUGAGCCAAGUCUUCCUAGUUGGUCGACUGAAGACGAAGAGGAGCUUAAAAGUUUUUUCCCUCCAACUAUUUCUUUCCCUACUGGUGACGCGUUGCGACAAUCGAUUGGCACAACCUUUCCCCCCACAAGAUUGCCUGGAAAUGCAAGAGUGAAUGCAAUCGAUCAAAUCAGUAUUGGAACAUCUCAUCCAACUUCACCAUCACAAAUUACUCAACCACCACCGCCACCACCACGUCCACCGCCAUCACCACCACCACCACCGCCUCCACCACCAUCACCACCACGACCACCACCGCCUCCACCACCAUCACCACCACGACCAUUAGCGGAUAAACUCCCAGAACCACCACCCAUACCUUAUAUGCCUCCUACACUACCCCCUCCUACCUUGGGGUAUCUACCAACAGCUCGCCUGACGAGAGAAUCCGUAACCGAAUUCCGUGACCGUAUGUACCUCGAGAACUACCCUGGCGACGAGGAAGGGUACUUAAGGUCACCGAUUAUUGGUGAAGACGUUGGUGUGGUUCAGCUAUCCCCUCCACCACCCUGGCCACCAAGGGUGCCUAGUGUGGGCGAGGACCCAUGGGACACUCCCAAAACAGCUCCCAAUCCCUACCGGCCGAAGACAGCAGGGCGGGAAAGUCCUUUCCAGUCAAGAACAGGGCGCCGAGGAAGAAAACGUGUGAAUACCGCUGCACGAUUCUCAACACCUACCAAUCCGCUUUUACGAUACUCAACACCUACCAAUCCGGUUACAAAUACGCGCCACUGGAUUGAGAUCACAGCAAACCCGACACGAACUCGUACCAGCUUGAUCGGAGAAGAUACCUUUGAUGACCUUGAUACUCCACGCGGAAACGAAGGUCAAAACGAGGUGGAUCCUGAGAUAAACAGAAAGCAUGAUGGGGUUGAUUCUGGUGUAAGCAGAGAGCAUGACGGGAUUCACCCUGGGAUGAACAAAGAGCAUGAUGGGAUUGAUCCUAUGAUGAACAGAGAGCAUCAUGGGGUUGAUCCCGGGAUGAACAGAGAGCAUGAUGAGAUAAAUUCCGGAAUUAACAGUGAGCAUGAUGGGAUUGAUCCAGAGAUGAACAGAGAGCAUCAUGGGAUUGAUCCCGGGAUGAACAGAGAGCACGAUGAGAUUGAUCCCGGGAUUAACAGAAAGCAUUAUGGGAUUGAUCUCGGGAUAAACAGAGAGCAUGAUGAGAUUGAUCCCGAGAUUAACAGAGAGCAUGAUGGGAUUGAUCUCGGGAUUAACAGAGAGCAUGAUGAGAUUGAUCCUAUGAUAAACAGAGAGCAUCAUGGGAUUGAUCCUAUGAUAAACAGAGAGCAUGAUGGGAUUGACCCCGAGAUUAACAGUGAGCAUGAUGGGAUUGAUCCCGGGACGAACAGAGGGCAUGACGACUCCAUAAAGCACGAUAGAGAACACUUGUCAAGGGACCGCAAUGACAAGCACAAGCAAAAGGCGCUGCCUAAAGAGACGUUGACUGAAAACAAUGCACGAGAGAAUGCGCAAGAGAAUGCACUAGAGAAGUAUGCGAACGGUUAUGAUAAAAAAACAGAAAAGAAAAAGUUAGAAAAACUGGAUCGCAAAGACGGCGGAAAUGAAAGGAGCGAUAGCGAUGAUCAAGAAAAAGACCUUGAAAGCAAAGAUGAAGAAAACGAUAUCGAUUACGCAAUGUUCCGCGAUAAAUAUCUCAAGAACAUAGAAAAUCACAAAGAAAACUCUGGAAGUAGUGAAUACGAAGGUGUUGACGAAUCUGUUGAUGGUGCUGAACAGGACCAGGAUGGCCUACGUCACGACCUCCACAACAAGAACUAUGACGACGGUGAUGAUAAUAUGGAUAAUGAUGGUGAUGUCAAUGAUAAUGAUGAUUCUCGCCAUAACUACCACUAUACUCAGAAAAGCAAGCAUCAUCAUGAAAAGAAUAUAGAUGAUAGCAACGAGAAACAGUCAACAUCAGAAAAGGACAAAUUUUCUGAUAAUGGUGAUGACAAUGAUGACAAAGAAAAUGACGAAAGUCACGCCAAGGAUGAAGAUGAGCGCGUGCGUCAUGCCGGCAAAGAUAAUGAACACCAUCAGAACAAUUAUGAUCCUAAGCGCAAGGAUGUCAACAGUGUUGACGAUGAGGACAAAUUGAAUAAUGAUGAUGAAAAUCAUGAGAAAACGUAUCAAAUUGAUAAUUAUGGACCCUCUGAUAAUGAGCAAAAUGGACAAACAGGACGUCUGUAUCAUUACCACAAGCACGUGUUUGCCAAAGGUAACAACGAAAUGAACCAUGGAAACCGUGAGUCAAGCAAACACGAGACAGACCGUAAAGAGACGAUUCCCGAGCUCAGAGAUGACGAAUCAAGCAGCUCCACCGAUGAUCGGGUAGAGGUCGAGUCCAGCGCACCUUCUGACACCAAGGAGGGCACUAUGGAAAAGAUGGAGAAGAAGACUGAGGAACUUCAUCACAUGCGACGACACAAGAUCCACCAUCUUAGCCAGGAAGCCAGAAAGUCCUUGGCGAGAAAACAUCACCAUCAACACUCACACAGACAUGACAAGAAAACAAGAAGCCACCGUAAGAAUAGGCAUAGACAUAAAAACAGCAGUAAGCACAAAAAGAUAGUCCAUCUUUAUUCUCAUUUUAAAAAACACAAGCAUUUGAAAGAGCCAGCUAAGACAAAGCACAAUGUCUCUCAUAAAUCAAGAAGAAAGCAAAAGCAUGAGCAUUCACACAAACACCAUCCAACAAAAUCUAGAGAAACGCUACCAACUUUUCCUGUAUUGAAGGAUGUGAGACAUGUGAUGGACUUUAAACACUAUGCUCAGUUUAAGAGAAAACACUCGAUCGAUGAAGAAGUCCGGGGAAAAUGGGUGAGCGUGCACAGAAAAGUGGAUGUUUGUAGGACAGUUAAAAUGUUCACUGCUACGGGAAGGGUUGCCAUGGCGAGAUCUUCUGCCAAUGACGACAAGUAUAUUUACACCGUGCUCGUAUGUAAUGUGGUCAGUUUGAAGCAACGUAUUGAAGGUUACAUUAACUUGAAAGCCACCCAGGUCUGUAGAAAGCAUUACUUUAGAACAAAUGGUAUCAUACGUGUGAGGGUUUUGCAACAAAAUGAACAACCGAAGUACGGCGUUGAUCUUUGUAGAAAAUCUAGCGCUGUACACUUUGCACCGACGGCUUUUCGAGGUUUGAUGGAAAAGAUGAAGCAAAAACAGCGCGAGAGGAGUCGAUCAAACUACCGUAGCGAUAUACCCAAGCCACGAGAUAAUCAUGACAAAACGUUCUUGCAUCACAAACAUCACAGACACAUGGGAACAUCCCAUCGCAUCCCAUCGAGGGAACGAAAAUCGCACGGCAAGAAACGAUUAAACAAACACAAGAAGGCCUCCCACACGAGGAGAAAUAACCAUAAGAAUUCUAGACGCACUCAUAACAAACCAGGGAAAAAUCACAAGAGUGCCACCAAAAAGGAAAAAAGCAGAGAUGCCACAGAUGACGCCUUCUUUAACAAGCUUCUGAAAGUCCUUUCACUCGCAAACGGUAACGCAGGUAACAUAGGCAAGGCGAACUCCACGUCGCCAGUCAAGGGUUUGAAAGGAGUUCUUGAAAAGAUUAAGCAAGCAAGGAAAGCAAGUAAGAAGAAGAGAGCACGUGCUAGAAAGAAGCAUAAUAAGACGUCGAAAAAAAGUAAGCACGUUUCAAAGAAACCACUGGACAUCAGUAGUCCAGAGUACAUGCAGAAACUCUUGGCUAAGAUAUUGCCAUCCGUGGUGAACAGCGUAAAGGCCGACAUGCAACAAGAGAAGAGUGAUCAGGUAACAACCACCCCCAAGCCAUCUACGACAACGACAUCACCUACAAAAACCACACCAACCACAACGCCACCAACUACAACACCGUCAACAACAACGACGUCUACUACGACAAAACAAACAUCUAAAGAUGCCAGCUUAGAAAGCGAGCUUAAAGAUAUCUUGCCUAUUCUUCUUGAAAAAGCGCAUUUGAAAAAGAAAGCGAAACAAAUUACAGCGCCGAAGCCUACCACUAGGCCAACAAUUAAACCCACGACCAAAUCAAGAAGUAGCGAAAUAAAGGAGUUGCUUAUGAAGCUUGGUAUUAGCGGACUCGUUGGUGAUAACGUAAAAACCACUAAACCCACCAGAGCUAUCGAAAGCGAAGCGCAGACGACAACCAGCGAAAGUACUCUGGGUGGUAGAGACGAUCUCUUUGGGUCGCUGACUCAAAGCGCGCCUCUAUCAAAUUAUCUUCUAACACUAUCAGAACCAGAACCUCCACCACCAGCACCUCCAGUCAAUAAACACAUGUCGAUCACGGUACCAAAAGAGGGUCUUAUCCCUCAUCCCAACCCUAAAAUAGACAUUAGUAUGGGCAGGGCUCCUCUGUCACGUUACGACGCCGAUCCUUACGCAAAGAAGAUCUUGUGCUUCGGGGACAGUCUAACUAAUGGGUACAAUCACCACGGCAGGAGCUUUCACCCGUACAGUAUCAUGUUGAGCAGGCUACUGAACUCUAACCCUGCGGCGAAGUACAAACUGACCACCAGUGGUAAGACGGGCGAGAUGACUCACGGGAGCAUGACCAAAAGACUGCCUCAGGUACUCGGCAACAGCUCUCACUUCGACUGGGUCAUUAUCCUUGCCGGCACGAACGACGUGGCUCACGUGAAGAACUUCGGCGACGACGACUCAUUCAUGAACCAACUGAUCAGUAUCUGGGCGCCCAAGAUCUUCCAGGAUAUAGAGAAGCUGCAUGAGAUAUCAUACCAGUACGGCGCAAGAACAGUGCUUCUUACUAUCCCCGAAAGCGCGUAUGAGGCGUGGCCCCAGUAUAAAACACUGUGGAUUAUGAGAAGGAAGAUUAACCAGGCGUUACGUGACUUCGCAGCCCGGUCGCGGGGUAGGACGAUAUUGUGUGACUUAGCAGUGAAGAUUCCUCGUCAUUCGUUAGCGCCCCAGAUGGAAUCUACUAUCUGGGAUGAUCAUCUACAUUUCACGCCGUACGGUUACAAUAAGAUGGCGGAGGUCAUCUAUCAGUGUAUGAGACCCUACCUUUAAAGCCUGCCAUACGGCGGCAUGCACCGCAGCACUGGGUUAUAUUUUCUUUAUAAAAUAUGUCAGUAUAUUUCCACUCCACAGUGAGCCAAUUAUGAGCACAAGAACAAACUGUUGACGGCCUGGAGUAUUGGAUAUCAAAUCUCGAUAAGACUUCGUACAACACGUAACCUUAGCAUUAACGACGUGCGGUGUUGCCCGGGAUUCUUGCAGGCCGAGGUGGCAGCGUUCUCGGCAUGGUUUAUGGUGGCAGCGUUCUCGGCAUGGUUUAUGGUGGCAGCGUUCUCGGCAUGGUUUAUGGUGGCAGCGUUCUCGCCAUGGUUUAUGGUGAUAGUUUUAUACUGUGUAUAUCCACAAACUUUUUUAUGAUAAUAAAAACAAUUAAAAUAA